AUGGCAACCCAUCACAACGUGCAUGAGGCACAACACCAAGAUACCUCAAGGGAGCCCCUUGAGAACAGAGCUGCAGAGGGCAUCAGUUAUUAUACGCCCGCCCAAUUACCACCGAGUGGAACAGCUUCGGAUCCACAACCAGAUGGAUCUCAUCCACCAAGGUUAUUUCAACCCUUAAAACUGAGGGGCCUCUCCCCAUUAUGCCAAUAUUCAGCGGAGAACGGUCAUCACACCGCGUGGCAUUUCGCGCAUCUUGGUGGCAUCAUUUCACGUGGUCCAGGGCUGUCCAUGGUCGAAGCUACUUCUGUCACUCCAGAAGGCCGCAUCACGCCCGAAGACAGUGGGCUCUGGCUCGAUUCGCAAAUGGAGCCGUUGAAGCGAAUCGUUGAGUUUGCCCAUAGCCAGGGUCAGAAUAUUGGCAUUCAGCUUGGACAUGCUGGCCGAAAAGCAAGCACCGUUGCACCAUGGCUCAGCGCUGGCGAGACUGCGCCGAAGGAGGUCGGCGGGUGGCCUGACAACGUGUGGGGUCCGUCUGCUAUUCCCUACAAUGACCAACUUCCUCACCCAAAGGAAAUGACGAAGACCGAUAUCGAAGACUUCAAGAAAGCCUGGGUCGCAGGAGUCAAGCGCGCGGUUGCUUGUGGAUUCGAUGUCAUUGAAAUCCACAAUGCUCACGGAUAUCUGCUACAUGAAUUCGUCUCUCCGGCAAGCAAUCAACGGACAGACGAGUACGGGGGUAGUUUUGAGAACCGGACUCGCCUGACUAGAGAAGUGGUCGAGCUUGCGCGCACGAACAUACCGGAGGACAUGCCCCUGUUUCUUCGUAUCUCUGCGACAGACUGGCUGGAGGGUGAGCCAGAUACUGACAGCUGGAAGCUCGAAGACACAGUCAGGUUGGCUGGCGACCUCGUCCCAUUAGGUGUAGAUCUGCUUGAUGUCAGUUCUGGAGGCUUGCAUCCUAAGCAGAAAGUCAAAUCUGGGCCUGGCUAUCAGGCCCCGUUCGCAAAAGCGGUCAAGGAAAAGUUGGGGGACAAGCUAGCAGUGGGUACGGUUGGCACUAUCACAAAUGGCAAGCAGGCAAAUCAAUUACUGGAAGAAGGACUCGAUGUGGCAAUUUGUGGAAGGAUGUUUCAGAAGAACCCUGGGCUGGUUUGGCAGUUCGCAGACGAGCUAGGUGUUUCAAUCCAAGCCGCAAACCAGAUUAGAUGGGGAUUUGGAGGUCGUGGCAGAGCUAAGAAGCAGAAGUUAUAA